AUGAUCGUCGAGUCGCCCGCAAAGGCCACGAAGAUCCAAAAAUUUCUCGGGGACGAGUACAAGGUCCUCGCCAGCUACGGCCAUGUGCGCGACCUGCCGCCCAAAAACGGCUCCGUCCGGCCGGACGAGAGCUUUGCGAUGGAUUGGGAGCUGCUGCCGCGCGCGAGGGAGAGGAUGCGGGAGCUGAAAGCGGCGGCCGCGGCGGCGGAUAGGGUCGUGCUCGCGACGGACCCGGACCGCGAGGGGGAGGCGAUCUCGUGGCACGUGCUGCAGGAGCUGGAG